UCUCCCUCCCCCUCAUCUCAUUUCCACUCACUCUCCAACACUCAUUCCCUCUCUCUCUCUCCUCUCUCUCUCUCUGCCCUACUUGCUAUGCAACAAUACAUACAUAAAUACAUACACAUUUAUGUAUCUAUCUACAUCUACACCUACACUUACACCUACAUGAUCUGUAUAUGUAUUUGUGACUGUGUGUGUAUAUGCAUAGCUCUCUCUCUCUCUCUCUCUGCACCUCCUUUCUCACUCCUCAAUUUCUUCUGAUCUCUCUCAUCACUCUGCAAGCCCUAGCCCCCUCAAUUCUGCUAUAAUUUAAUUCCACCCCUUUGAUUUGUUGAUUACCUUUCGUCUUUAAUUCCUUCAACCUCCCUCCAUUCCUUUUUAAUUAUAAAAGUUUCUUGUUUUCUUCUUACAAGAAGAUAUAUAUACACAUAUAUAUAUAUAUAUUCAUAGUACUUACAGGCUGGUCGCCCUGAAUGUCCAUGGAAUUGAACUCCGAACGCGUUUGUUAUGUCCACUGCAACUUCUGCAACACAAUUCUCGCGGUAAGUGUUCCAUGGGGGAGCAUGUUCACCAUUGUUACUGUAAGAUGCGGACACUGUGCAAACCUGCUUUCUGUCAACAUGGGAGCUUUGCUUCAGUCUGCUCAUCUCCAAGAAUUCCAGGUGCAGCUAAAGCAGCAGCAGCAGCAUUCUUCUUUCAUGGGAGACAGCAUAUGUCUCAAAGAAAAUGGAUCAUCAUCUUCAUCGAUAUCAUCUUCAUCGAAGUGCAACAACAUUAAUAGCAACAAAAUUGGUCCACUACAGCAUCAGGUUGUCCAUGAACAACCUAAGAUGUCUCCAAUUCGACCCCCGGAGAAGAGACAACGCGUUCCUUCAGCGUAUAAUCGUUUCAUUAAGGAGGAAAUUCAAAGGAUCAAAGCAAGCAAUCCUGAAAUUAGUCACAGGGAAGCUUUCAGCACUGCUGCAAAGAAUUGGGCACAUUUUCCACACAUUCAUUUUGGAUUAAAAGUGGAGAGCAACAAACAAGCAAAUCUGGACCGUCCACAUGCGGCUGCAUCAGCUCAAGCCACACAGAAAAAAUCUCUUGCUAUUCCCUAAGAUAAAUAUAUAUAAAUUAAAUAAAUAAAAUCAAUAAAAAGAAAAUGAAAUUGCAAUUGUCCAAACCCUCCAAGAACAAACUAAAAAAGAAUAUAUAUAUAUAUAUAUAUAUAUAUAUAUAGAAUGAGGGAUUAGAUACUAAAUAUUAUGUAUAUGUAUGUAUGUUCAAUUCUAGGGUUUGAAAAUAUGCAAUUCAUUUUUUUGGUA